GUCGAAUUUUCUCCCCUUCGUCUGGAUCUCUGAUCAUAGAUCUGGCACAAUAUCCACCGACCGCUCUGUUUCAAUAAGUCCAGAGUACCAACGAUAUCCAGUCUUCAGAAAAGAAAAUAGUCUUUUUGGACAUCAGCUGCCAGAGUGAACAGCAGAGGUAUAUCUGAAAAGAUGAACAGUGUGUCAGAGCAGAGUACCACAAGAAAAAGAAAGAAGGGAGGUGAGACUCCACAGCCUGCCCUUGGCAAAAAGUAUAAAAAGCAGCAUACAGAUUUUUUUACAGAUGUAUUAAUAGAAGAACCACCUGAAGCAUGUCUACCGAAAAGGAGGAAGCGAAAAAAGAAGAUAUCCGAUGUUCUAGCAAGCUCUGCUCCAACACCUGCUACCCCUGCUGAUUUGCAGAAAAUGAUCAUCCAGUACUUCAAAAAUGAACGAUCUGUAAUAGAACUUGAGGAGCUGAAACUACCAGAUUCUUGUUUUCUUCAGAACAAUGAUCUCACUCAUACUCUAUCCUCCUAUCUGAAGCAAGUUUGCCCCAAGUGGGUGAAAUUGUGCAAGGACCACACCAAGAACAAAUCUGUACUGAUAUUGAUAAUAUGCAGCUCUGCCCUCCGAGCCCUCGAGAUGAUCAGGCUGAUUGCAUCUUUUAAAGACAACUGUAAGAUUCUAAAAUUGUUUGCUAAGCAUAUAAAGAUUGAAGAACAGAUAAAAUGGCUCUCGAAAGGGGUUGUACAUAUUGGUGUAGGAACACCUGGACGGAUUAGAAAUCUGAUAGACCUUGAUGAACUCAGUCUGCAGUCUCUGAAGUAUGUCAUCUUUGAUUGGAAUUGGCGAGAUCAGAAGCUUAGAAGACUAAUGGAUAUUCCAGAGGUGAAAAAGGAAACAUUGAAAAUGCUGGAGACAAGUAUCGUACCGGUCAUUAAAAGUGGAUCUGUGAAACUCGGCCUCUUCUGACAUCAUUUAAUGAUACCUCUUGGUUUGUUUUUGUUUAAAAAUAGACAAUAUCACAUUUGAAAUAUUAAGGUUUUCUCUCAAUUCAGAAUUUAUUAAAACAUAGAACAUUCUUAUUAACUUAGACACAAAAUGCUGGAGUAACUCAGCGGGACAGGAAUGGGUGAUGUUUCGGGCCAUGACCCGAAUCGCUACCCAUUCCUUCUCUCCAGCAAUGCUGCCUGUCCCGCUGUGUUACUCCAGCAUUUUGUGUCUAUCUUCAGUUUAAACCAGUAUCUGCAGUUCCUUCCUACACAUUCUUAAUAGCUUGUCUGAUUUUAUUUUAUUUUUACUCUUUGUGAAGUGAUUUUUUUUUAUCUUGAACCUCUAUUCUGAUACAAACAUUUUAAAAUAAUGGUUUGCUUUAAGUUCUGAUGCUGGUUAAAAUUAGUAAUCAAAGUAUUUCGAACCAGCUUCAAUACAAGUAUUCUUUGUUCAGUGUAAGUGAUCAAAACAGUCAAUUAAAGUAAUGGAGAUUCCUGUUUGUAUUGUUAAAAUCUCGAACAGAAAACCAUGGUGGUAUUGUAUUCACUUGUAAAACUCUAAAACAUAAGACCUUCUUACAUGAGGAAACUGUUAUUUGGAAAAUCAAAAUGUUGUUUUCAAAAAGCUGUGACUUUCAAUAAAGGAUGGAUCUGCUGUA